AUGCAGUUCUCUAUGAGUGAUUUGAGAGAGAUCCGCGAGGCCUUCAAGGUGUUUGACAGAGAUGGAAACGGCUACAUCUCAAAGCAGGAGUUGGGGGUGGCCAUGCGGUCGCUGGGAUACAUGCCUAAUGAGGUGGAGCUGGAGAUUAUUAUCCAAAGGCUGGACAUUGAUGGUGAUGGCCAGGUUGACUUUGACGAAUUUGUUGCACUGCUUGGACCAAAACUUAUUGCUGCUGGGAUGCCUGAUAAGUUCCAUGGGGCAAACUUUGACUCUGUAUUUUGGAAGUGUGACAUGUCGAAGCUAACGGUAGAUGAGCUGAAGAGGCUCCUGUAUGACACCUUCUGUGACCAUCUCACCAUGAAAGACAUCGAGAACAUCAUCAUGACCGAAGAGAGCCACCUGGACAACCAAGUGUGCCAAGUGGACAUUGACACGAGCCCGACACAACAGGUGAAGCACACUUGUGUGCGGAAGAGUCUGAUUUGUGCUUUUGCCUUUGCAUUUAUCAUCAGUGUAAUGCUUAUUGCAGCGAACCAGAUGCUCCGUAGAGGUAUGAAGUAGAAAGUCCCUCACUACCAGAGGGGAAAAUAGUUGUCUUCAUUGUCCUUUCACACUCAAUCCAGUGACUAAGCAGAGACAAAUUAAACUGGAAAAAAAUAACCAAAAUGACAUGGAUUUUCUUUGAUUCAGAGACAUACACUGAGUGUACAAAACAUUAAGAACACCUUCGAUAUAUUAA